AUCACCCUUCCCUUUUCAACUCAGCACUCCUGAGAUGCAGAGUCAGCUGUUUCCGCCUCCCCUUUGCCCCCCAGCUUCAUCUAUUUAAAGCCAACUUAUUUAAAGUCCAAAGGGGUUCCUGCUGGGAUCUGUUAAAUCUCCAGCUCUCUCUUUCUCUCUCUGCCUCUCCAGCUCCAGCCAACAUGACUUCCUCCUCCGAAACCGCCCAGCCAAUUUUUCUGGAAGGGGAGAACUGCAAGCCCUCCUGGAAAGAAGCUGCCGCGGGGUAUGACCCAACGGACACCCACUUGGAAAUCAUGGGGAAGCCUGUUAUGGAGCGCUGGGAGACCCCAUACAUGCAUUCCCUCGCUUCUGUGGCCGCUUCGAAAGGGGGCCGGGUGCUGGAGGUGGGUUUCGGCAUGGCGAUCGCCGCCACCAAAAUCGAGGAGUUCAACAUUGAGGAGCACUGGAUCAUUGAGUGCAACGAGGGUGUCUUCCAGCGGCUGAAGGAGUGGGCGAAAACACAGCCUCACAAGGUCGUUCCCUUGAAGGGGUUGUGGGAGGACGUCGUCCCCACCUUGCCGGAAGAACAUUUCAACGGAAUCCUCUACGACACCUACCCCCUCUCAGCCGAAACCUGGCACACUCACCAGUUCAGCUUCAUCAAGGGCCAUGCUUACCGCCUUCUGAAGCCCGGAGGGGUCCUCACCUACUGCAACCUGACCUCUUGGGGAGACCUCCUCAAGAACAAGUAUUCGGACAUCGAGAAGAUGUUUCAGGAAACGCAGGUUGAGCACCUGGUGGAGGCCGGUUUCAAGAAGGAGAACAUCCACACGGCUGUCAUGGACCUCAUCCCUCCGUCCGACUGCAGAUACUACUCCUUCCCCAAAAUGAUCACUCCCGCCCUCAUCAAGUAGAGCUGUCAGCCCGUUCCCCCACCGGCCAGCUCUCCGAGGAAGGGCAUGCUGACCGCAGCAGCAGCAGCCGAGACGAUCCGCUCUUUUGCGGCCAAACAGAAAUCGGGGAGGGAGAUGGCCUCUCAUUUUUCGAGCCUCCGGGCACAUGGACACGAGCCCUUUAGCCAAAAAAAUUGCAAUCUGUUCUGUCGAUCAAGAGAAUUCUUUUCCAC